UGCAACGUUUGCAGCAAAACGUUCGGUCAGCUGUCGAAUUUGAAGGUGCACCUGCGUACGCAUUCGGGCGAGCGACCGUUCAAGUGUAAUGUGUGCACCAAAUCCUUCACCCAGCUGGCGCACCUCCAGAAGCAUCAUCUGGUGCAUACGGGAGAGAAGCCACACCAGUGCGAUAUCUGCAAGAAGCGGUUUUCGUCGACGUCGAACCUGAAGACGCACCUGCGGCUGCACAGUGGCCAGAAACCGUACGCUUGCGAUCUGUGUCCGCAGAAGUUUACGCAGUUCGUGCACCUGAAGCUGCACAAGCGGCUACACACGAACGAUCGGCCGUAUGUGUGUGCGGGCUGUGACAAGAAGUACAUCAGUGCGUCCGGUUUGCGGACGCACUGGAAGACGACCAGCUGCAAGCCGAACAAUCUCGAGGAGGAGCUGGCGAUGGCGGCCGCCGCCACGUCCGAGUGUCUCGAUAAGGACGGCCAACCGGAUGGUGAUGGUGGACGGGAGUUUUAUGAGAUGCAUUUGUCUUCGUCACAGCAGCAGCAGCAGCAACAGGAUGCAAGUCGUUCGCCUGGACCACAACAUGGACGUCAUCCUUCACCGUCUUCGCACCAUCAUCAUCAUCAUCAUCAUCCCCAUCUGCACCCGGCAGCUGGUUCACUGACACCCCUGCACACCCCGGAGCAGGUGAUCCAUAAGGUGUCGGCCGGUAAGGUGCAGAUGCAGCAUCCACCUACCAGCAGCAGCAACAGCAACAGCAGCAGUGCAGCGACGAAUGGUACCCCCAGUAGCAACAGCAACAACAACAACAAUAGCAACAGCACGAACCACAAUCUACCGGCCCAGCAUCAUCUGCAUUAUGCGGGACAUCUCGUUAGCAAUGGUGGUGCGCCCGGCCAUCACUAUCAUCAUCCUCCACCGCAACAGCAACAGCAACAUCACCACCACUACCAGCAACCAUCACCACAACCGCAACCGGGAGCGACGGCCGGAGCAGCAGCAGCAGCAGCAGCAGCAGCGUCGGCGACAACAUCCUCUUCGGCGUCAUCGGGGGCCACAAACCCGGGCAAUACACCGGAAACGAGCCGGCCGAGCGUCAUCGAGUCGAGCCAACCGAUGGUGAUCGAGUGUACGUAGCGCCCCGGUGUGAUCCAGCGAGCGCUAGUGUAGGGCAUUUUGCGUGAUGUGCGUACCAGGAACAGGGCAGAGGUUUGUUGGGUUUGGGGGCUCACUAGAUCCUUCUUCCUCUGUUAUGUUGUUUGUUGUUGUUCUAUGUUGAUGGAUGGAUCGAUUAGGAGAGAAGAGGCUGCUACUAGGACGUAGGACGACGAACACGGUUCGGAGAGUGAGGAGAGGGCGGCUAGGGUGGACGACGGUCAGCAAGAGUUGAGGGUGGGGAUGCGGGGUGGUGGUGCGGAUUGAUAGCUGAAGAGAGAAUGAGAGAAAAAGGAGAGAAAAGGUUUAUGUAAAUAUGAUGAUAACCUCUCCGCACAGCUAUCCGUCCUGCAUCGCCAUCCUGCCUCCCUGCCCCCGUAUGCCACCGUAUCACACACACCGCCCAUGCGCCCCCUCCCUCUGCCCGUGGUCCACAUGUGAUUAAAGUGAACUUGUUUGGCGGUUAAAUGUGUUUUCGUGUCUUUAACUACCCGGCAAUCUUAGGCGAUAGGUGAUAGAAGAGUAGAAGUAAUAGUACUAGUAUACUAGUGAUAGUAAUUAGUGAUAGUAAUAGCGAGAGAGAGAGAGAGAGAGAGAGAGAGAGGGAGCUAGAGCAAGCUAAGCAAGUGAGUGUGUGCGUGUGUGCUUGUGUGCGUGCAGGUUUAGAGCAAAACAGCGGAAAUAGGAAGGCAGCCGCCCCCGAGAAGCUUGUAGAUAAAACGGGAAACGCAUCAAAGAUCAAAAUUCGAAGUCUGAUAGUGUAUAGGGAAUGGCGGCAGGCAAUGGCGGAAGGAGAGGAUAGGGAAGGCAAAGGAGAUGUUCCCAUAGAUACCGGACGCGCCAGCCGCCCACAGAGACUGAUAUGCUAGUUUCGUUGUUGUUUGUUGUUUUGUUCUUUUACACCGCAAUCCAAAACACGAGCAACCAGUAACUCCACCACUGGUGGAGAGGAGAGGGCGUAGAGGGUGAGCAGAAGAGCAGAGAAAAAGUGAGGAGCUGGGGAGCGGGAUGCUGGGAGGAAGAAGAUGCGCAAAAAACUCUCCACGAUCUCUGGAUGCCGCGUGAUGCAGGCGGUCAAGAGAAAUUGAAGACUAAAUUAUGCUGAUGAGAGCUGAUGAUAAUGAUGAUGACGAUAUUGUGGUUGAUGAUAGUGAUAGUUGAGGGUCGAUCCGAUGUUUCGGUGGCAUGAUUUUGCUUUCUGCAAUCUGCACACCCGGAACGGCGCGCAAGUCAACACCUUAGUGUACUACUGCACACGUACAAGGAUACGGCCAGCCAGGAACUGAAUAUCUGACAACUCGAACUCGAACACACACACACACUCACACACAUUUACCCACAGACACACAUACAUGCGUAGCGGUAGAAGAAAGCGGGAGGGGGAUGUAAUUGAAAAUUACGAUUUAUAGCUGAAGAUCGGUGCUUUUCCAGAACCCGGAACUCCUCCACCACAUCGCGGAGACUCGUGCUCGAGCUCGAAUGUUUGGUGUGGACGGGAAGGGCUCUAAAUAUUAUACCUACUAUAACUCAGAGUAAGAAUUAACAAAAAAAAAACAAA